AUAUAAAAGGGAGCCAUAAAAAAAAAGGCAAAAAAAAAAGGGAAUCAAAAACCCAUGAGCUUAUCAUCCUCCUCACUCGGCGACAAGUACGCUCUGUACCUGGACUCGCUGGCCGCGCACAUUCGUCCCCGUUGGCAAUCUGUUCUGAAUCAGGUGCUGACUUCGUCUUCGUCGUCUCUUUCUACACUUGAUUCCUACUUAUUAUUUCUAUCCGAAUCAUCAUCCCUUACCAUCCCUAUCAUCGUUACCAUCCUCCUCGCAUCCAUCCUCCUCAUCAUCAUAAUAAUCAUAACCAUGUCCUGGCACUCCCCCCUCACCAACUUCCUCCGCCGCACCCCCAACACCAACAACACACCCUACACAACAGUCCCCCACAACCCGCCCUACAUAAGCCCCGACGACUACAGCUACAUCUCCCCCGACGAAGCCGGCACGCGCUACGAACGCACCCGCUACGCCGCCGACUCCGCCUCCGACGAUGACGGAGACAACCAACCCGACACCCUCCUCCUCAAACACCGCAAAAACACCUACGAGCUGCACUUCCCGGCCUACGCCAUCAGCGACGGCACGCUGACGGUCGGGCAGCUGCGCAAGCGCGCCGCCGAGGUCACCCGCACGCGCGACCCCAACCGCAUCGUGCUGCUCUACAAGGGCGAGAUUCUGCAUAAGGAUGCCGUGCCUUGUUGUGCGGAGGGCUUGAAGCAGGAUUCGGAAGUGUUGUGUGUUGUUUCGGAGGUGGAGAUGGGGGAGGGCACGCCCAGUGGGUCGGAUGUUGAUGUUGCUGUCGGGGGGUCGAAAACUGCUGGCGGGGUUGCAAAUGACGGUGCAGAGCAGCAGCAACAGCAGCAGCAGCAGCAGACACGCACCCGCAACCGCAACCGAAACAAGAACAAGAAGAAGCUCGCGAAGAAGGACAAGGAGAAGGGCAAGAAAGAUACCACCACCGUCCCAACGGAACCCGCCCGACCUGCCCCGACCACCACCACCGGGAGCAGCACAAUGCCUCCCCCGUCCCCCAACCUCAAAAACUACCCCACAGCCCGGGACCAAGUCGAAGCGCUGCGCGACUACCUCCGGCGGGAACUCGUCCCGCCCUGCGAGGCAUACGCGCGCUCUCCCCCAACCGAGGAAAAAGCGCGGGUGUUCGAGAACCGCAAGCUGAGCGAGACGAUCCUGGCGCAGGUGAUUCUCAAGGCGGAUGGGAUUGAGCCGUCGGGGGAUGCGGAGACGAGGACUGCGCGGAAGGCGUUGAUUAAUGAGGCGCAGGCGGCGCUGGGGUUGUUGGAUCGAGUGGGGUGAUUUUUUUUGUAUUAUAUACAUAUAUAUAUUUUUUUUGUUUUUUAAACAUGUUAUACAUAUUUGUUUGGGGACUUGUGGUUGGAGGGAGUAUGGAUUGAUAGGAUGGUUGAUACCGUACUCGCCCUAGUAUCUACCUAGCUCAUGGUAGAUAGUAUACUAUCAAUCAGGAGAGUAGCU